UGCCAAUCCUGCUGCUGCUCAUCAUGGUCUUGUCAUCCUGCUUCGAGAGCCAGAGCUUGGGCUCGAUUGAGGUCAUCGAUGCGGCCCGUCUGAUCUCAUCAGCCCUGUUUUUCUGCAUAUAUAUCUCAGGGAUCUCUGCUAAGAUAUCACGGAGAGAUAUGCAAUACUCUACAUUUGUCCAGGUCAGCCAGUUUGUGCAAACUACCAACCUUUCUACCUGGAACGCUGGAAUAAAAGCUCGGAUUAUACCCGGACGCCACGUACCAAAACUGGCGAGAUAUCUGCCGAGGAGGGCUGAUGAGGGGACUGGAAUGACGGAACAUUUUUUGCUUGUUUCAUGCCCUUUGCCAAGUUCACAGUGAGGCUCCAAUCAGCACUGCCCUCUCAGUUUGGCAGCUCGAUGGAUUCAGAUGUGGACUGAUCCAGACCUUUGCAUCUCCACUUGGACGCGAUCAUGUCAGGGGUGCGCAGCCCGCGCCCACAGCUCCGGUCGACAGCCAUGCAUGCCGAUGGCGCCUAGAGAUGGGAGGGUGGAAACGUGGCGGGCAAUAUAGAUGCAUUUAUAUCUGCUCUAUUUUCCCGUGCUCUUCAAUUUCCUGUUCAGGUUCUCUGCCUUGGUUGCUUGAAGCUCCCGCCUUUCUUUUCGUCUGUUGCUGAUAUCAGAGGUUCUUGUCUUUGAUCAUCACUGUCCUUCUUUCGCUUUUUCCCGGUUUUCGAGAAACCACAGGCCAUUCAUUUUUUUCAUUUGUUGAUAUAGCUCCUUCCCGAGUUAUCAUCACUUUUUUUUUUUUUUUUGGACCUCUCGUCGGCUCUUUCCCUGAGACCACAGCAGCACCGCACCUGUGUCUUGACACUCACUCUUAUUUCUGAGCCACAACCACCGCAGCAGUCUUGUGUGCUGUAUACGUCUUAUACCCAGUAUCUUUUAUCACCCUCUUUUCGGGGGCCCACCGUCAUCAUGCGUUUCGACACCAUCGCGUUCGUCUCCCUCUUUUCUACCCUCGCCUCGGCCGGUGCAGUCCCCAACUACCCCGGCCUCAAAACACUGUGGUCGGAUGACUUUGCCGGUGCUCCGGGUCAAAUGCCCAACAGCAACCUCUGGAACAUCAUCACCAACCUCAAAACCAACAACGACCUCCAAGAAUACACCACCUCCAACACCAACCUCCAGCUCUCGGGCGGCGGCACCGUCCAAAUCAUCCCCCGCCUCAACCGCCAAACCAACAGCUGGACCUCUGCCCGCAUCGAGACAAAGGCAGUCUUCACCCCCUCCCCCGGGAAGGUCACCACCUUUGAAGGCAGCAUCCGCUUCGGCGACCACCCGGUCCACAUGAAGCAGGGGAUCUGGCCCGCGUUUUGGAUGCUGGGCAAGUCGAUCCACCAGGGCACGCCCUGGCCGCAGUGCGGGGAGCUCGACAUUAUGGAGACGAUCAACGGCGUGCCGACGGCGUAUGGGACUGUGCACUGCGGGAGUGUUCCGGGGGGCCCGUGCAACGAGCCGGUGGGGAGGCACGGGACGAUGGGGAUCAGCCCGACGGGGUGGCACACUUAUCGGAUAAGGGUUGAUAGGGCGAGGGCUGGGGCGGGGGGCAGAUGGGAGGAUGAGGAGAUUGUUUGGGAGGUGGAUGGGAGGGUGUUUCAUACGUUGAGGGGGGGGGAGGUGGGGGAUCAGGGGGUCUGGGGGACGCUGGCGCAUAGUCCGAUGUUUUUGAUUUUGAAUGUGGCUGUGGGGGGGGACUGGCCUGGUGCGCCCAAUGCGCUGACUGCGGACAGCUAUGGCAGUAUGAUGGAGGUGGAGUACGUCGCUGUGUACUCGUCAUAGAUUUGUUUGGGACAGGGGCUCUUUCUCUGCCGGUAAAAGGCUAGAAAGUUUGUGUCAGAAUAUCGAUGGACGAUGGAUGUCACUCUCGUUAAUGAUGCACGAUGUUUUUGGAGGAAUGAUACCAUGGAAGGUUGGAUACACAGACAAAAGGCUUCUCUUCUUGAGAUGUACAUAUUGCUUGUUCCUCGGCCUGAGGCUAGAUUUAGUGUUGGAAAGUGUCUUUACCCAGCGGUUUCGAGCGGUAAGAUCUGUUGAGAGAUGACACCUCAAGACUUGGCUGAGCCUCCAUGGCCUUGUGCUCCAUUGUUCUCUAAUAAUGAUGCUCGGUUUGGGAGCUUUAGUUUCUUCAAUAAGUUGCUCGGCUCCGAUCGAAACACGUGCGAGUUUCAAUUCGAA